UGUCACUUUCACACCUCGUGCCCGCUGCAGAGUGACUUCAAACACACUACCUCUCUCAGGGUAUCCUAUGUACCUUGCGACAGAGACGGACUGUGCUUCUUCCCCUUCAUCCCUCCUCCUAAUCCCUCCUAAUCCCUCCUACUCCUCCUAACUCCUCCCCAUUCUUCUCCUCCUACUGGCUACUUACUGGCCCUCCUACUGGCCCUCCACUCACCAAACGAAGAAAGUUACUAAAGUUACCUCGUACCUUUAAUUACUCCGCAACCUCGCAUCUCACAAGUCACAAGUCGCUCAAUAUAGCACUCUGCUGCAACUACACCACUAUACUACCACCACCACCUACUUCACGUCCCUCAUGCGCUUACCUCCGUCAUCUACAUCGAGAGCUUCAAUGAAUGUGUCUCGCUGCCUCUGUUUGAUUCUUCCUCCAGCGUUCAGCCUCGACACCUUCCACGAGCUAGCGUGUUGAGAACAACUCCUCCUCCUCCCGACACAGAGAGAGAGAUAGCUCAGGGCCUCAUCCAACCGUCCUUGGCAAAACCACAGAGUGGCUUGUCGCGCUUCAUUCUCGUGGGAUACCAAUACCAUAUCCCGGAGAGCUGCUUCGGCUCCUGUCUCGAUACUACUUCGGUGUUUGAUCUCCUACAACAAUCGCGCUCGUUAAUACCCUCGUUUGCUUUCACGCCUGGGCCAUACACGACGCCCUUUGCUUCUACUGUUUUGGCUUCGAUCUGUCCUGUCCUCCACCACCAACCAAACCACGAGCGAAGUGGCGCAUACCCGGCGAUACGACCCCUCCGACUCUGAUCGCGACAAAGUAGGGAAUAAAGGGAUACAUCAAGCUGGCAUACUCUUCUGGCUCCGAUAAUGGGUCCUCAAUCGGAGGGAGGUCCCCCUGGUCCCAGCUGGGCAUAUGGAGGCCCACCGCCGUCGGGAGAGGAUAAUCGCUAUCAAUCCAGUCGGGAUAUGGGCCCUUCAGGCUACCCACAACAACAACAGCAGCAGCAGCAGAAUCUCCCACGCCAAAACCAAAACAAUGGCUACGACCAGGCCAAUCGAGGACCACCACCACCAUCGCUCCAGACCAACCAAAGAAUGGACAACAUCGCAGGAGACGCACAUAAAGACAGUUCCGAACGGGAUCGCUCGCGGCACCGUGGCGGAAAGAGGACGGGGAGCGGGCAACUCCGUCUAUGCAAGAAGUGCGGCGAGCCCCUCACCGGGCAAUUCGUGCGUGCACUCGGCGGCACGUUCCAUCUCGAUUGCUUCAAAUGCAAGGAUUGCGGACAAAUCGUCGCGUCAAAGUUCUUCCCGGUAGAUGAUGAGGGGGGCCAAGGCCAAUACCCAUUAUGCGAAACAGAUUACUUUCGACGCUUAGGCCUACUAUGCCACCAAUGCGGCGGGGCACUGCGAGGCUCGUAUAUCACGGCGUUGGAGCGCAAGUACCAUAUAGACCACUUUACGUGUUCGGUAUGCCCUACGGUUUUUGGCGCACAGGACAGCUACUACGAGCACGAUGACAAGGUCUACUGUCAUUACCAUUACUCGACACAAUUCGCACAACGCUGCAAUGGCUGUCAGACUGCGAUUUUGAAGCAGUUUGUGGAGAUAUUCAGGAAUGGACAAAAUCAGCACUGGCAUCCAGAGUGUUAUAUGAUUCACAAGUUCUGGAAUGUAAGGCUCGCUGAAGCGUCGUCAGAACCGCCGCCAGAGCGACCCCUCCUCAAAGAUGCCUCAGAUGUCGAGGCUCGUAAUUUGGUACGCGAUGAGGAGGAGAGGAUGGAAGAGAAGGUGUACAGAAUCUGGAGCGUGCUUUCGACGUUCGAGGAGUCCUCGGCGGCGAAUAUCUCGGAUAUGCUGCUUCAUGUCAGCAACGGUGCCUAUGUGGAUGGAGUACUUACAGCCAAGAAGUUUAUCUGGCAUGUUGAUCUCCUCUUCAAAUCUGCAGAUAAACUGGAUGCCGUCAUAUCCCAGCAGGGCGUUAAAGGUCUCUCUUACUCGAGAGAAGCGAAACUGUUAUGCAAGAAGAUAGUCGCGUUCUUUGCGCUGCUGUCGAAAACUCAGGAGACAGGUGUUAGGAAGCUUGGCGUGACACAGGAACUCCUUUCGCUUGUCACGGGAUUGGCACAUUAUCUCAAGCUUCUUAUCAGGAUAUGCCUCCAGGGAGCACUCAGGGUUGAACGCGAAAUGAAGAAUACCCAUGGACUGGACCUGUUCCUGGGCGACCUCGGCGAUGUGGACCAAGUCCGAGACGACGAGAAAUCUUUGGAGGAGACAACUGGCACGACGGGCCUUGCGGGAGCCGCCUCGGAUCAAUGCACGCAUUGCCAACGGCCUAUAGAAGACGAGUGCGCCCUUAUUGGCGAGAAGAGGUGGCAUCUGUCCUGUUUAAGCUGUAGCGUCUGUUCUCGGGAUCUCAGUCAUAACCUCGAAGACGUGCGAUGGAGCGAUUCCGACAGGGUACUAUACUGCAACAACUGCCAGAACCGGUCGCCAGAUUCCGUUUCUGGAUUUACUCACGUUACGCGAUUACAGCAAUAUGUGUUCCUGCUGAGGGUGGCGCUUGCGAGACUGUUGGUGAUGCUGAGGAAUAGCGGUACGCUGCCACACACUUCUGAUAAUCCAAACUUGAAUGGUUAUAAUUCACAGGAAGGCCAUCGGCUCGGCGAGUCGUCAGAUCAACACCCAGCCGCUCUCACGCAGGAGAGUCGGUCUAAAUCCUACGGCGGCACGAGCGAGGAGAACCCGCGAGAGUCGUCGUAUGAGAACACACUCAACGAUGUGAGGAGGUUGCGCAGCACGCGUAUGGACAAGCACUUAUCUUCGACUAUCAAGAAGGCGAGGACGUCGCGUAUUAUGGAUGGACCGGAGAGCCGGAGUGUGCGGCCCGGGUCCGCUGGAGCUGAUGGGUCUGAUACGAGGAAUAACGACUUUCACAUCGUGGAGGAGCGGGAUAACCAAGGCGAGCCGAGAUCGGAACUCUUGUUCGGACACCAGGAUGCUCUUACCCUUGAUGAUAUCCCCAGGAUCGUCGCGGCUGAGCAAGCAAAGGAGCAGAGGCCGAACGCCUAUAAACACGCCCGACACGAGUUAUUCAAGACAUCUAUCACGGAACCCAAGCUACUGAAUGGACACCAGAGGACCUACUCCAACGCCAACGAGCUCGACAACCCCAAUCUCGAGAGCGAACCCUCCCCACAGCGCGGACCGCCCGGAAAGCGCUAUUUCUCCGAACUCACCGCGCUCGAAUACUUCAUCGUUCGCCACGUAGCCGUAUUAUCGAUGCAGCCCUUACUAGAUGGCCACUUCACGCUCGAAGAGCUCUUAGGACUCAUCGAAUCGCGCAAACCGACAUUCUGGGAUAAAUUCGGCAAGGCGUUCAAGAAUGACAGCCGCAAGGGCGCCAAGAAGAAGGGCGUCUUCGGCGUGCCGCUCGAAGCGAUCAUCGAGCGAGACGGCGCGGACUCAACGGAUGGCGUUGGGCCCGGCAGCUUGCGCAUCCCGGCCUUGGUGGAUGAUGCGAUUUCGACGAUGCGGAAGAUGGACUUGUCUGUCGAGGGCGUGUUCCGGAAGAACGGGAAUAUCAAACGGCUCAACGAGGCGGUGGCGGCGAUCGACAAGGACGGAUGCGACGCGGUGGACUUAUCGAGCGAGAAUGUCGUCCAGGUCGCUGCGCUGCUGAAGAAGUACCUUCGGGAGCUGCCUGAUCCAUUGCUGACGUUUAAGUUGCAUCGGCUGUACAUCACAUCCCAAAAGAUCGCGGAUGAAGAUAAGCGCCGUCGCGUGCUUCAUCUCACGUGCUGUCUGCUACCCAAGGUGCAUCGCGAUUGUCUUGAGAUCCUGUGCUCGUUCCUCAACUGGACGGCGUCGUUUCAUCAGGUCGAUGAGGAGUCGGGGAGUAAGAUGGAUACGCAUAAUCUGGCGACGGUGAUCGCGCCGAAUAUCCUGUUUACGAAUACGAAGAAUGCGGGGAUGGAUGAUAGUUUUUUGGCGAUUGAGGCGGUGCAUUCGCUUAUUGAGUGUAAUGACCAGAUGUGUGAAGUCCCAGAAGACCUCCAAUCCAUCCUCAACGACUCCUCCCUCUUCUCCAACCCGAGCGACAUCACCACCAAAGAAAUCCUCAAACGCUACGGCGACAUCGCUGCUAACGGCGGGCCCCGCCACACCGUCGAGACAACCCAGGGCCCUGCGCGCUCCCACGACAGUGGUAGUGGUCGCGCACACGCCCACCCGGUCGUGACGCGCGUUGAGACGGAGAACUCGCAGAAUGGGACGUGGCAGAACGAAACUAGUGUAAGACACGUUCAAGAGGGGUCCGGUAACGGCGCUGGGGGCGGGUCGGGGGGUAGUCAGGGGCAGGGCCAGAGUCAGACCACCCCGCCGCAGCAACAGUGGCAGGGGCCAGGGGAGGAUCUAGAGCACCCGUCGCCGUAUGGACAGCGUGAUGGGUCGGGGUCGGGGUACCCGAGUAGAGAGAAGUUACCGUUUGUGCAGAGGGAGGGGAAUGGCACGCCGGAUAGUCAUAAGGAGAGGAGUGGGUGGAGGCAUUCUGCUUGGGGGAGGAGUGGGGGUGGGGGGGGACAGCAGCAGCAGCAGCAGGGGGGGCCGGGGCAGGGACAGCAGCAGGGACAGCAGAAUGGUGGGAUGGGGGUUAUGGGGACGAGCUAGUCGACCCGGCUUGUUUGACUGUCUCUCUUGAUGAAUUAAUGCGAUUGAAAGAAGAGAAAAACCCGACAUUGGCGAAAACGCGAUACCUCCUUUUUUUUUGCACAUAACGAAAGUACAUAUCUGGAUCAAUUCAGCGGUUGUUGUUUUGCUGUUUUUUGUUUUUUGAGAGGAGAAUGGGGGGAUAUACCAGAACUCUGCGAGCUGCCAUCGACACCAUACCAUACCAUACCCAACUACCGACACUUGAGCUUUUGAGCGAAGAGAAAAAAAAAGCGAAAGUGAGGAGUCCUCACCAAACUCUGCGAUUUUGUUUGCGAGGGAUUCGAUUCGCCACCAUGCCGUCAAUCAGCAAUCAAAAAAUACCCUACUUCUUUUCACUCCAAAAAUCGAAAAUCGAAAAUCGAAAAGUCCGCCUUAUUCCCAAAAUCGCAGCGUUUCCACCUCAUCAUCCUCAUCCCCCCCUAUCGUCAAAUACGACAACUUGAAACUAGGGGGGUAGGGGCAUCUUCUUUACAUCCCCCGCUUCGCCCUUCUUUUUCUCCGACUUGGGAUGUUUAUUUUGCGCGCAUUCCCACGGGCGUUUUUUUGUGUUGUGUCCCAUGUCGAUGGAAAGGGGGAAUCGCGAUUGGAUAGCUUAUAAUUUUCUUCGACGGGGUAUUGUAGUACGCUGCAGUACGCCCACCACCUUUAUUCGCUCCCCCCCACCUGCUCGCUAUCUCUCUCGCACACCAACGCCGUCGUCGCCGUCGUCGUUCUCAACUCCUUGGAUUUCCACGAAGACGCCACCACGAACGACGCCAAACAUCCCAUUGGAGGCCAGCCAUACCGGCUUUGAGUGUUUUUUUUUUUGUGUUGGAUUCGGGGAUAUACUCUCGUGUUUGUUUUUCAUGUUGGUGGGGUAGGGGGGCUCAGCGAACGAGCUCUUUUUUGUUACCAGCAGCACCGCUGGAGUGCGGGUGUGGAUGCUGGCCGUGCAUCUGUUGAGUGGUGUCGAAAAUUGUGAGGGGUGGGGGUGGGGGAUAUAGGAUAGCGGCCCUGACGGGGUCCUGAUGAAAUAGGGGUCCUAGUAGGCCGAGGUUGUGUCGUUCUGAGCGUUAUGAUGAAGAGGUGGGAGGAGGAGGAUGAAAAAGGGAAGAUACGCGGGGGGCAGCUCCGCGUCCGUUUGAGUAAAGUAAAGCGCUCUCGCUGGAAAAGGAAUGAGGACCAGGGAUGGAGAUUAUGGAUGGGGGAUCAGGGGCAGGGCAGGGCAGGG